AAUCUUUUCCAAUUCGAAGGGAAAAUUGUAAACAAAUUAGUCAAUCAAUUUAUUAACUGUUUUCUUUAUCCAUUUAAACUUUAAUUAACCCAUUUUAAGUCAUUUAAAAUACUUGUUAAUCACUUGAAGUCAAUGUUUCCACUAAAAGUGUGAAUUAAUUUGUUUCCAGCCAAAUUUAAAAUUUAUUUCCAAUGUACCUUUCCAUCAUUACCUUCUAAUUUUUUCCUUCAUCUGGUUUAAUCUGUAAUUAUUUCAUACAUUUCUAUAACAACUGUUUUUAUACCAUUGGAAGAUAUUUAUUCAGAGACAAUAUGAGAGUCGUGGGAUUGAUCAGUGGUGGUAAAGACUCUUGCUACAAUCUAAUGCAAUGUGUUAAAAAUGGUCACACAUUGGUUGGCCUUCUUAAUUUACAUCCUCCUGCUAAUCAACCAGCCGGGCCUGCUGAUGAAUUGGAUUCCUACAUGUACCAAACCGUCGGUCAUCAAGCAAUAGAGUUUUAUUCACAGGCCAUUGAUCUGCCUUUGUUUCGACAUCCUAUCCUAGGUAAACCAAUAAACCGAGGUCCUGAUUACCCUGUUGAGGAAAGUGGCGAUGAAGUUGAAGACUUGUUCAUUGCUCUGAGUAAUCUUAAACGUAAACUUGAAUUUGAUGCAAUCUCGGUUGGUGCCAUUCUCUCCACCUAUCAAAAAGUACGAGCUGAAAAUGUUUGUAGAAGACUGGACAUUGAUCUUCUCUGUUACCUUUGGGGUCGAAGUCAGAAGGAAUUAUUACAAGAGAUGAUCCAAGAAGGGAUCCAUGCUGUUAUUAUUAAGACUGCAUCCAUGGGUUUGGAGCCAUAUAAGCAUCUCGGUUUAACACUGCAGCAAAUGUAUCCAGUUCUGGUCAACCUUAAUUCAAAAUAUGGAAUGAACAUUUGUGGUGAAGGUGGUGAAUACGAGACAUUAACCCUAGACUGUCCUUUGUUCAAAAGUCGCCUCGUUAUUGAGGAAAGUCAAAUUGUCAUACAUUCCGAUGAUGCUUUCGCUCCUGUCGGUUACUUAAAGCCAGUCCGUAUCUCUUUGGAAGCUAAAAGCAACUGAUUUUAAUCUUCUCAUCUUAUCUUUUUAUACUCAACUUUUGUUAAAACAAAAGAAAUACGUUGUAAACGUGAAAAAGUCGAAUAUUCAAUCAUUAACAUCAAACCACUUUUUUUACCCAGCA